GUCGAUAACAUAAUACUGCCAUCUACCAGUUCACCACGCAACAACUAGUGGUGUACAACAGCGUAUGCCGUGCAUAUCUCUCGUUUAUAGUUUGUAAUCGUAUAAUAAAAAUAUUUAGUUGACAUGGCAUUCUAUAACUUGAAAAGUGAAGAGGAAGUAAAAGAGUAUCUGAAAAACCUUCACAUUGAAUAUAAAUUCGGUUGCUAUAGCGAGAAAAAACCCGAAGUUUGUCACCUGCUCGGCGAUUACGAGGAAAGUAUCAAGAGUAACUAUAAAGCGGCCGCCGAUAUAUAUAAGAGGAAUUGCGACGAAAGAAAUUAUGGCAGCAGUUGUACGAAAUACGGGGAUUACAACUUGAUCGGUAGAGGAUGCGAGAAAAACAUUAUGGAGGCGUACAAAUACAUGACGAAAGGUUGCGACUUGAACGAUGGAAAGGGUUGCUACCACGCUGGUGCUUUUGCAGUAAGCAAUGAGGUCUUAGAAAAAGACAAAGCUACCCAAAUCGCACAUGGAAUGAAAAUGCUUAAAAAAGCUUGCGACGCGGACGAAGAGAAAGCUUGCUUCCAAUUGUCAGGCAUUCUCUUAAGUGGGAUACAAGGAUACGUUGAAAAGGAUUUCAGGGAGGCGUAUAAGCUGUCUCUAAAGUGUUGCGAAUUUGGGAAUCCCUUUGCUUGUGCUAAUGUGUCCAUAAUGCAUAGACAAGGUGAUGGCGUACAGAAAAAUGAAAGUAUAGCCAAUGCCUUCAAGGAACGAGCUGAAACAUUGUUUGCAGAGCUCAAAAAGCAAAAGAAGCAACUGAAAUUUCAUGAAGGGAUCAAUCCAUAGUUGUGUUUUAUCGCUUGUUAUUGAUGUGUAUAGUAAAUAGUUGUUACACGAAUAAGACAGAUUUAACAUGGAACGAGUAACUCCAAAUGCAAUUACAUUAUUUAUUAAACUUUUUAUUUUUUCCUUUUUUUAUUAAUCAUAUAUACAUGCGUUAUAUACUAUUAUGUAUACUGUAUCGGAAGCUGCGUAUUGUGUAAUUAACGCUAAUCGAGACGCAUACUUAUUUGUACAUGUAUUCUCUGUCGGAGAAAGUGAAAUUACUCACUCCAAAUGAUACUAUAGUCGGUAAAUAUUGUACAUACAGUACUAUACAGUAAAAUUAUUGUACGUACAGCAUCAACCAAGAAGAUAAUGUAAGCAAGUGAUUACUUUCACGAUGCUUGCAAUUAGAUUCCAAGCAGCCGAUUGCCUGGCACCAGACAAUUUCUGACACAACACAUUCACUCCCGGCGAGAAAGUCAUGGAAACGUUCCACGCAUACAUUGUUAAGUCACUUAGAACAGUCCCCCUAAUGAUGUAAAAAAACCUGUGUACAUCGCAAAUAGAGAAAUGUGUUAAUUACGUUCCA